AGGAAAACAACGUUUUCAACAACGGGGUGAACAUAAUUUUUCAACAAUGCAUUUUUUCAGUGAACCUAGAACUCAAUAAAUGGUGGUUUCUUCCAACGUCUAGUUACACAGCGCUCUUAUUUCGCUGUCAAUAUUCAUAAGUAGCUGUUUAUGUUGUAUCGGAAGAUGGAAAAUACUAUCAAGUUCGUAAUAUAUGUGUAGAAUCAAUCCAUGAUGAUUGCUUUCUCUUUAUAGCAGCAAGAGGUAUGUGUUGAUCUUCGUUUGAAGAAACCUGCUAGCUGUUGACUUUCUUCGUGUCUAUUGUGCCGUGCGCAUAAUCACCGCACUUGUUUUUCAUUUACAUUUCGUCUACUUCGUGUUACUGCAGAGUCGUACAGAGAGUAUUAUAUUGUAGUUGGUACUAUCAUGAUGACGACAUCGAGAACUAGCUAUCAAUCGGCUUAUAACGACAGGCUUUAAAUCAUCAUCAAAAUUGGCGGCUUUCGGUAAUCGAGUCCCUGGCUCGAGUCAUGGCGGUUCGAGAUAUAUUAGACGAUGACGCACGUGGCGUCGUGGUCUUCCUUCCUUCCGAGUCUGCAGAUGGCUUCACCUUCGUGCACAAACGGGGAAGCGUAGCACGCGGCUCGGAGGACGAAGACACAACUAAAGCGGGCCCGUCUUCGGGGGAGGACAUUGCCGCAGCACGGGACCAACAGGAGGAAGAUGAUGAUGGGCAGGCUGUUGACGUGCUACCGUCCGCCGGAUUCAAUGGAGAGGGCAUUUGUUCCGUUACCGUACGGCAGCAGCAGGAUUUUCGCAGCAGAUUGCGCAAUCUCUUCGGCAGAGCUGAAGCAGGGCACUACGAGGUAGUCAAGUUUUAUAUGAAAAGGCGCCUCGCGGCAGUAGAGUUUACGGAUCAUUCAGUGAGCCCUUUAUAAUAGUACUUAGAGGAACCCAUAGAAAAGGAACGACACUAAAUAUUUUUUAUCACAUGAUCGAUUGAUUCAUGUGUCACACCCGAUCGCGAUCAGCAUGUUCAUUUCGAAUCUGGUUUCCAUUCUCAUGUGGUCGUCGACACAAAAAAUAUAUGGCUUUGUACUCUGUGGUAAGUAGGGGGUUUCACCCGGUUACAAAGACUUGUCUUCACAGUAUCUAUCAAAUUAUGUUUAAUUUUCGUUGACUUCAUCUACAAAUUGCUUAUGCUUUGAUCGGUCUCUUAUCAAUAUAUCUUUGUUGGACUGACGCGCGGUCCUGCGCAGUAUUCUCUUGCACAAACCGCAACAAAGGUGACGGCAAACGAUUCCGAGGAAGGACAUGCAGCCUCUUUUCCGGCGGAGGCUCAGAGGGCAGUGUUGGCAUUUUUGCCGGAUGCUGCCGAUGACGAAGGCGCGCUAUGCGAUCUUCUGGAACGCUACGCAAAGAGCGUCGAGGAAUUCCUACUCUUGCGCGCAGCAGCAACACAUCGCGAGCAUCUGCACAACAGCAGUGAUUAUAGUGGAAAGAGUAAGAAAACAGUUGCAGACGAGACACUUUGCGAGUUGUACGAUCGAGGAAUGCAGAAGUUCUUCCUUGGUCUUUACGUAACGACGAGGCAAGAGGAUCUGGAUGGGAGCGACCCGCGGACUCUGAUGCUGCAAGCCCUCGCCCGGAAUUGCAGGCUGUUUCACCUCUGGUUAUUUCUUCGUGAUAGUCCUGCAGACGCCUUUUACUUUGACCUUUUGCAAUGGGAAGCUGAUGAAGCCGAGGACGAAGCCUCUCGGUUUUCGCAUUUGGCGCUUGCUGAUUCCGUAUCCAAAAACCCAACGCUGCAGCUGCUCGCGCGCGCUAGAGGCUGGCGCGGGAGAUUCACUGAUGGUGCGGCUGCAACUACCACUACUAAUACUUAUGGACGGGGCGAAAAGCGAAAAGAGGAUAUAGACUGCCCAAAGACGAGCCUGAAGCUGCGUCCUGCCGACGUCACUAUGGGCGCCUGUGUGGUCUACUUCGCUACUAACUUUAACCUUCGUGUGACGACAGAGUGGGUGGAGAGCCACUGCCACAGUUUCAACCUUGCAAAUACUACGACUAGCGGUCCCCAGCUUCACAAUAGUGAAGACAAGAGGUCGCGCUUCGAGUAUGGUGCUUUCGUGGGCUUCUGGCGUGGAGUAGCGCAAAACGCUUCAGGCAGAGAGGAGGCUGUGUACCAGCUCGGGAGCAUGUUACUAGACAAAAUUCCGUUAUUUUUACGGCCCUUGAAACUCCUUUUUUUCUAGGAACUUGAAACUCCUCACAAAUAGUAAGUUUGUUGUAUAACCCUCUGUUUUUGGUGAGGAAAACCAUUUGGUCAACAGGGAUUCUAAAAAAUGUAAAUGAUUUCUUUUCAUUCAUUUCGAGCUAGUAAGCGUAUCCCGCUUCUAGGAAGAGUGAUAGUUUAUGUUUCUGGUAUGGAAACAAGCUCCAAUAUUCGACCCGGAUGGAGAUUCUACGUCAAAGAAGAAUAGUGAGGAAAUUGCACUUGUCACAAAGUUAGUGUUGAAGGAGUAUCUUCGUGAGGAGCUGUGCCCUUCAGAUCCGGCAAGGACAGAGACGACGGCAAAAAAACGCCCUGCAAGAAUCGACCACGCAGCAUUUGUGAAAAAGCUUCUACGUCCGACGAAGAAACAAAAGAUCGCUGCUGGUGCUUUUGCUGCUUCGAGUACAGGCGAGGGCAGCGCAGACUCAGUGUCGUACUUGGAGCAUGGUGCAGUAAACCGUCUUGCUGUGAACGUGGAAAAUUUCGCGGCUGGCUUACAAGUGGCGGCGUGCACAAUUGUCGGCGAAGCCAAUCAGGUUACUGAGGUACGCGGGUGUCUCGAAAAGAGAUUGCACAUGCAUGCGCAGAGCUUGCUGGAUACGCAGAUCGCGUUAUCGUUUGCGCAUCAGCAGACACGCAGUGUCAACAGCGUGAUGACACUGUUGAACGUGUACGAAAGGGUAUGCUCCGUUUAUCCGCUCUGCAGAAGUCCUGAGCUAGUUGGACGCGUCCUCAGAGAAUAUCCGGACGAGGGAAGACUGAUGCUUAUCGGCCCAAACAAGUCAAAGUCUUCUACUAGUACUGAGUCAGCGUUGGCGCUGAAUGAUCCGUCCGCUUCAGCAGAAGUAGCGAAUGCGUCAGAGCGAGGACCUGAAACAAAAGUACUAGCUUCAAGCGUCGAUGGAGUCUCUACAUCAAAAACCAAAGAAAACCUUCUCGUACUAAGAAACAUUCUAGACGACAUCCGAAUAAGAAAUCUAGAUGGAGGAGUUAAGAGAGGCCCUGCCUUGUCGCAUGAUAGCGGAGCAGUCACAAUACGUGCGCAAACGGAAAAUGCACUGGUCGAGCGGGCAGCGCGGAUGCGGGUAUGGGUAGAUGGUGAUUACAAGAUGGCGCUGCAACCGGUACGUUGUCUUGCGGUGUUCGAGAACGCCCAGUCAGACAAGAAGAGCGCUGGACCUGUUGUCGUCAAUUGUAGCGCGUUCGAGAGUGAAGGGAGCCACUUUUUGCUCUGGCAAGUGGGGCUUUCUGUUAACGGUCGCUAUUCUGCGAAGCCGCAGGUCGGGGAUGGACAUUCAUCCGAUGCUGGUGCAGCGGGGCUUCGUGACAUGAAAACAUCAAGGAGCUCGUCCUCUUCUAUAGUUGAUGCAACUUCUUCAUCUCGUUCCAGAAAAAUGCGUUUCUUUUGGAUUCCUUCCGACACGAACGACGAGAGCGGGAAGGAGCUAGGUGAGGCGUUGCUAGGGGACGGGGAGAGGACAAGAGUUACUGAUAUCCGAAUAAACAUUAGUUGUAAGGAUAUUAACGAGGCGCUGAGAAACUCCGGCUGCAUUCAAGCAGCGGCAGCAGACAGCGACAUCUUUAGCACUUCUAUGGUGGAAGCAUGUUUUCCAGAUCACGUGACGAUUCCGAAUGACGGCUCUGGUGAGGCGGAUGUGGUGAAGCGGGAUUGCACCUUACUGCAACUGCUGCCAACUGCACAGCGUGACUGUCCUGGGUUUCGUCGAUAUUGCGUUUUCGUCGGACCGCACCCGCGGCCGGAUUGCGAUCCUCCGUCCGAGCAGAGCGCGUCGACUACUCAGACCAGCACGAAACGAUGCAACUUUGUCGUAGCGGAGCUGUACUAGGUGAUCACGAAUCCAUGCUCUUGAGGGGUCAGCAAAUCAAUGACAGCGCCACGGUACCGACGAUUGCUGUGCGGGAAAUAAUGGUAGACAUGCUUACCAGCGACGAAGCACGCUCCCGGGCAGCAAUCUUCCUUGACAAGGAAAUGCUGCAUUUCCGAGCUGUCUUAAUCGGGAAAGGCGGCACCGCCGGUAAUGCAGUAGUUGCAGCGACGGGCCACCAUCUACAGGAGGUUUCAGUCGAUGGCUGCAAUUUUAAAUCUGUGAUGGCGUCGAUGAGUGCACACAAAUCUGCUACCUGUGUCACUUUUCUGAAAGUGCGGACAACGGGGCCGUUGAAAGUGGAGCAGCUUCGAGAAUUGUUGGAGGCAGUGGCGGAUGCAGUAUUUCUGCGCGUCGUCUUCGAAGAAAGCGCGGAGUUAUGGCGGACUCUGUGCUCGGGAGAUAUGCUCAGCCAGGUCUUGAAGACUGCUGCGUUGCGGGAGCGGUAUACCUCCGGUGACGCGGUAGACCGUGUGCUAUACGACCGAGCGUCCGCCGCGGGCUCACUAGUGCUCAAUCUCUGGCAAGCAUGUUGCUCUGCGACGCCGGAUGAGGACGACGUGGAAGAGCAUCAGCAAGAUUCAAUUGCAAGCGUGACCUUCCUCCACACGCUGGUGGAGCAAGUGGUGGAUGCGAGAAAGACGUGUUUGCACGCGCUUCCGACGAAAAACUGGCAAGCAAAGGCACGCGACUGGCUCAACGAUGACUCGGCGAAGCCUAUCUUUUUACGGCUUCAAGAACCACUCUAAGUUUUUACACAACAAAAGGGCCGUACAUGGAAUGACAAGAGGUCUUGGCGACAAUGACGUUUUUUUAGGUACUCACCUAGCAUCGAUUUGAUUUCGUUUUGUGAAAUUGUGACGAUAAUUCCUCUAUGAUAAUACCCGAUAUCUGCAUGAUGCACACUUCUAAGCAUGUAUGGAUAUACUAGUACACAGCGCUUGUCGAUAUUGAUCGACUCUUGCGAACUACAUCAUCAUUUUGAAGAAGGCUGUAAAGUUGACUUUUUAAUGUAGGGAUUACACAACCUCCGAAGUGGAUGUUUGUAUAAAGACUAGUCCACUCCGUGUCACAACCUGCUAAUUUGGGUCUUGCAGAUGGCCGAUGAGAGCAGCUGGACGGGCCAUGGGCGAGACGGAGCGCAGCUGCAAGAACGUGCGGGUGCAAGGAGCUUCGUUGAGGGUGAGUUGAAGCUGCGAGUCAUGGAUGCAGCGAAGGAGGAGGAUAGGGCGCUUUUGAUGAACCAGAGGAAGCGCACGAAGUGGCUACGGAGUGAGUUGAAGAAAGGCGUAGACGAGAGCGCGGCGUUUGCUCUCUGCAACGCAGAACGGCUGGCAGCGGGCCAGGAGGAGAGCGCAAUGGAUCAGAUGAAGAUCGCAGCCGUUGCAAUAAAUAGUUGCGUUGCAGAGCAAGGGAUUCGCAUUUUGCUAGUCGAUUACACGACAAAUCGUAACUGUAUCUGGCAUCACACAAAGCUUGGCGUUCAUCGGUUGGCGUGCAUUUCGCGUGUUCGUUGCGAGAUUCUACUGCCUACGCAACUCCCGCUGAGCGGCAGCAGCCACUCUUUGCACAGUGUAAACACAGUGACGCCAGCGCAGCUACCGCGAAGUACUGGCGCCACAUCAACAAGCAGCAGCGUGACAGCAAGCUACCACUCCUUCCUCAACGACAAACGAAGUGCGGGCGCAACAAGUGCUGAUAGGUCUGUUUCCUCUACCGAGUUCGCAUUUGUGAUAUGGCUAGUUUUCGGUGUUUGUACGCCAGAUGUGCUUGCGGGUGUGGAAACUUUGCUGGAGGAUCUGCGUGGAUCGAGGACGACCGGAGAUCAGCUUGUUAGAAUGGUCGAUAAAUUUCACAAGGAAUAUUUGGGCGGCACCGCUGAGCACGUUUGCGAAAUAAAGCAGGCCACUACUUCUUGUAGCUCUUCUCCAUAUGGAGCUGUCGACGGUGAGCAAGGAGAAGCGGAGGAAGCACCUCCACGCGACGCGCAGCAGGAGCUGCUGCUAACGGCGCUUGCAUUGGUAGGCGCUCUGCCCAUCCCGAAUCCAGGCCACAGUUGUUCUCUCGCCAAGAGAGUCGUGGACGUAGCGCGAGCUUUACUUGCUUCUGAAAAACUCUCUGCUCCUGGAGGAAAUAUUGCUCGCGUCGCUGCGUCAUCACUAAUGCUUGACGUCCCGACCUUUGCUGAAUUUAUGACAUGGCCUGUGCCCCGCCUUUUACCGCAAGCCGCGCGGAGAGCUCUGUGGCUUUUAUGUCUUCAUCGCUGGGCUGGAAUUCAAGAGACCGACGUUGAAAGCUCUGACCUUCUUCGGCAUUACCCUUCGAGCAACGUCCACAGCCAACACAUCUUCGAUCUCUCGGGCGUCGACGCUACAACCGACAAAUUGGAGGAACCGAAAUACGCCAUACCGAAAGGCCUUGAGGGCCGCGGCACGCGCGAGGUACUCAACAUCAUUUUUCAAGUUCGACUAAUUAUUGUUUUUACCUCGAAUAGAUUCACUGAUCAUCUUUUUACGCGCGAUAGGUUUCUGUUCAUGAGUAUCAUAUCAUUACUUAUUCUUUUCCAGCCGACUAUCGACUUGAUUGUACGGGUCAUCUUCGGGUUUUUUGAGAAUAUUCCUUAUUUCUCACAACUACAGAUUGAGCAGUAUCGGCGUCAAGCAGAGCGAGGUGAAGACUUCCACUACGAGAAGUUUGCGAGUAAUUGGAAAAUCGAUUUUGAUCUGAGCAAUGAGGCUUUAUUUGAGCUGCUAUUGGUUAGUCCCGACCGGCUGAAACUUGUUCUCUGCCUCAGUCCUGCGUAUAUCACCCGAAUGGGCGACGCUUUGCAUAAAGGGAAGCUGCAUACUAACACCGGAACACCAAGUGGGCAGCCACUCGUCUCGUCAUCCUGUACUUCUAACCCCAACGUAUCGGUGCGGUCGGAGCAUCUACGCGUGCAGGAGGCGGCGCUUGAAGCGCUUCGCAAGGAUGUCGAGGACGUCCGGUCUCUUGUAGAGCGCGACGGCUUAGGUGCGCCUCGAGAUGAUAGUCCCGCGCGAAAAGCAUGGGUGGCGAUCAAGUGGCUCCUGUGGAAGCAGAGCUUCACUGAGGCGGACUGCGACAGCGUAUCCAAGGACGACAUAAGCACGCUGGUCGGUGAGCGUUUACAGUUGUCCGUGCAUCGCAUAGCACCCGCCAUCACUCGUGAUUCUUUGCCGAUGCCUGCCGUAGAGGGUGGAGAUCGACCUGAUAUCGAACGGGGACACGAAGCGACUUUUUCGGAAGAUGAUGAUACUAGUGGAGGUGAUCUUCUUCUGCUGACGGUGGCACGUCUGAUAAUGCAGUUAGACGAGCCUCCUCACAUCAUUGCGAACCAGUCGCAGAUACAGGGUUUGCUUCUGGGCACGGAAGGAACCGGCGUGAGACUCGACUCGAGUACGUUUCAAUCACGGGAAAAUGACGAGCCGCGUGGAUUGUUUGCGGGCGACCCGUGGGUGUAUGCUGACAGAGAAGCCGCGGCUGCUGGACGUGGAGUGUGGAUAGUGGGAGCCGCUUUUCUCGACUUCCUGUAUUCCACCAGUACGGCAGAAGCGAUGGCGAAAGAAGGAAGUGGCCGCGAGCUGUGUGCCAUUCCGAUGGUAGCAGACCUUCUACGCUUAAAGCGGGGCGAAAACUUGCUGCUGCCAAAAGACACAUCUUCGUCGCGAUCCCCAAUCCCAGAGUUCACACCGGCAGCGGUAUGCUGUCUGCUGAGAGCAGCUCGAAAUACGAACACACUUGCAGCUGUGUGCGAACUGUUGCGUUGUAGUCUUGCUUAUGAUUCUAGUAGACGGAGCCAGACCGAUUCUACAACAACGAGAUUGCAGCGGCUCAUGGGUACAAGUGCAGCUGGUCAAAAGAGUGGUCAGGCGGACGCGGAGGAACGUGCUGUCAUUCAUUUGCGGGAGUCGUUGCUACAAACUUGGAUGAAAGAUGAAGCACUUCUAGUUCCGUUUCUCGUCGAGAUAAAAGAUUGGCCAGAGGUUCGUACCAUUAGCUCGCAAGCUGACAGUAGUUCUCCGGGAACAUCGACUGACCACAAGUCUCUACUUGCAAAAUUGCUUGCGAAAUUGCUCAUACCGCUUACGAUUCCAAAUGCGACAUUGCGCGACUACAUUGCAUGCGCUGAAAAGGCUACAAAUCGAGGAAUGAAGACCAGUUUGGAUCUGUCAGCUAGCGAGCGGCUUCUUAUGGCGUACGUCGAAGCCUGCCGAGAAGAUGGGGACACGUUGGAGAUACAAUAUCAAGUGGGUCGCCACAAUAAGCUUCUCAGCGACAGCGCCUGUCGAUCGAUCUUGGAUGGAGGUUUUGCUUGUCGCAGUGAGGCUCCUCGACUUGGAGAGCGCGUCCUCUUUUAUCACUGCUGGGGAAGAUGUCCGAUCUACUCCUUUCCCGACUCGAUGCUCCCAUCGGACCCGGAGAAAUCCCUCCUUUUCGUCCUGCAGAACUUGCCGCCCGGAACGCCGAGCUUUACUCAGCGGUGCCGCGAGACGCGUGCACUGUCGUUGAUGGGAAAUUUUCUGACUCGUCCAGAGACGCUCAAUUUGGCUGUCUAUAACACAUUGUGCGACAAAUGGACAAAGGCGGGUGCGAAUUUUUGGCGGAGGAUCGAGGAGGAGACUCUGGUCAUCGCGCAGGAAGGUCAUAAGGACUAUCCAGCUUACUAUCUGCAGUGGCAUUAUCGACCGCUGCCUGCUGCGCAACUCACGGCCUUGCAGAAGAGCGUUCGUUCUCAGCACAGGUGUGCCCGGGAGAGCAAAAGAGACGGUGCUGCUUCUGUUUGCCCGCGAGUGUCGGAAGGCGUCAACGCGGACACCGUCAAGCACAACCUCGAAACUUUGCUUCACCUCGCAGGAGAAGAAGGUGAGUUGUCCAACGAAGACUGUCUGGCGCAGCGGAAAUUGAAUGGCUUUGCCGUGGCAGUGUGGUUUGUUGCGGCCGGGUUUAAAAAGGAUACUUUGGAGAGGUGUGUCGACCCGUCCAGCCGUCCAGCAUUCGAGAAGGCAUGGGCUUCUCUGUCAGAAAAUCUUAGGAACAACAGAGGGGGCAUCAACAAGACAGCCGUUUUAGGAAUGAAGAAGCAGUUUGUCUUCGCACCGAUGCCGAAGAUCAUCGACGUGGCAGCACGGGGCUCAACCAGUCGCACUUGCGCCCAGCUUUUCGGCGCUAACGAAGACUCUGCAGUAGCCACAUGCGAGCGGUUGAAUACGCUCUCGGAGCACUUAAAGCUCGCAAGGCCCGCACUGGAGCUUGCCGACUUUUGGGAUAGCAAGUCACGCACCGCGGGGCCGAAGCUGGGCACGGAGUUGAAAGCGUUCGCGGAUGCAGUUGGGAGAAGACUGCAGAAAGACGUGGAGCCGGUGAAAGAGAAGAGCGAAGGCCCAGUGCAGUAUCGCAACUACAUAAACAAGGAGCUCCAGGUGAAUCAGUUAUUCCAGCUUUACGCAGUUUUGGCCGACUUCACCUCCGCACUGAACGCUGGAGACGCAGUGACGUUUCUGCAGCGUUUGAUCAGUUCUUUCGAUGCAGCGAAUUCGCCGCCUCACUCGUCGUGGCGGCAGCAAAGUACUGCUCAGUCGGACAAAAAAAAUGAGCGUGAUGGAAUUCUGCUGUACCUCCUCUUCUUGCUCUACAACAUUACGGUGGACAGCGAUGGGAGGGAGAUGAGAGUGAUCGUGGAAGCAUUCCAGAAACGAAGAAUGGCCGUGUGCGACAAGGUGAAGCAGGAGCUUACCUGGCUCAAAGAACACUACUACGGAGGAAAGAAGGAGAACUCCGCUUCGAUGAGCGACAGCGAACGAAAUGCGCUCGAAAACGUCGAGGCUAUGCUGGGGCUGGGGUGCUUUAAGAACCCGUAUACGCUGCAUCUCCGACGAGACGCAGAGGCUAAGCACAUGGCGGACAUCUUCUACACCGCGUUUGUUCAGGGCGAUAUCAGUACUUCCUGGAUGCCGCCCAGCUACGUUGACAGACCCUUUCUACAGCGGGGUGCGAAAAAGAUCGUCGGCCGUGUUGAUGACAGUGCCCCUAAAGCAGUCACAUCCAACCGUCAGGGAGUUCGCGCAGUCGCCUUCGAAGUGCACGACGCUGAAGAAGACGCAAUUGGCAGCCCAGGGGCAACGAACCGUAACGGCGGUGUCUGUGGGAAUCAGAGCAGGUUUUUUGAGGAGUACUCGAGCGGAAGCGCAAAAAGUUCGACCCUUCUUCGAGGCAGGUCACGGAUUAUGCACUCCGACCGCGCAGGACAGUUUGCAGGAGAAUUGUCUUCGAGGUUCGGAUCUUCGCCUCUGAUUCAGUGCAGAGACCUUUUCGAAAUCAAGAACAGCAAGAACAUGUUUGAGCAUGCGACGCUGCAGGUGCGCCCGGCACUUGGCCAGGUGCUCGUGUACGACAAACAAGCAGGGGCCAGAGGUGCUGACUCCCAGUAUUAUCGACUUGCGCCGGUGACCACAACUCUGGGGCAGGGAGAAGUUGUAGAGCGUGUCUUUGCCAACAGCGGUGACGCAUUUAACUUUCUAACUUCACUCUCCGGUGCGCCUGUCCUGAUUGCAGACGGUUUUCAUUAUGUGAAGAGCCCGCUAUCAGACAGUUGGGUGCUCCUUUUUCCAGAUCGAGAGCUCGCCGCUGGAAAAUUUUCGGGUCUGUGCCACUUCCUGUACUCCCAUCAACUGCACGGUGUGACGCUCAGACCGGACAUUCAGCAUGCGCUGUACCUACUGGCGUUGUCGGUGAUGGAUGAUAUGUGUAGGAAGGGCCAUCUGCGGCGGCUGCGACGUCUUUCGCAGGCACAAGACGAUGCUGACGUUCUGGAUGCCGCCGACGGGCAGCCACCGAAUGCGCAGCCAGAUCCCGACGAAGACGCCACUGCCUCGUGUACACCAGGCGCCGCGACAGUUGCAUCGUUGGGCGGCAACACUCGCAUCAGACUCGAUUUGCAGAACACACAGCAGGAGGCUCACGCGGCGCUCCAAGAAAUGAUGGAUCUUUUCUGGAGUGUGCAGAUGCGUGGAGGCGGAGGCAACACGUCAGAGACAUUGCAAGAAGUGUUUUCUUCUCUGCAGGAGUUGGAGAUGCAGAACUGUCGGGCCUUGCGUCGGAUUUGUAAAACCUUGCAAGAACAGAAAGGGGGCCAAAAUGUGCAGCCGUUGGUGCAGCGAGCCUUCCGCAAGAUGGGCUUCUUUGUGGACCUCGAUACGGGCGGCGAGUUGGGGGCUUGCACGCCACGGGGCGGCAGCGACGCCUCUCCGGUGAAACUUCAAAAGCAGACCUCGAAGGGGAUGCACGCUGCUGAAGAAAGCGGCCUUGAAGAUAGUGACGACUUGGCGCUUUAUGAUACGAAGUUGAAGAAGAGCGCUGAGGAACAGCAGGUUGAAAAUAUUGAACAACAGGACCACGCAGGAGCGUCCUCUGGUGGCAGGCUCACGGAUAAGGGGACUCUUCUGGCUGGCGUGCUCUGCGACGUGUUGCGGCCCACUGACUCUGCCCACGAAAUGAAGACACAGCUGGAGCCCGUUCUGAGUCGGCUCGUGGCGCCUUUCUUGCAUCAGGACAAGAGGCAAACGGCCAGGGCGAACAACGACGACCACACGCAUCGUGGCAGCGGCUUUGGAGGGGAGACAGACCCACAAGCAGGCGGCGGCGCAUGCGCAGCCAGUAUAAGAAUGGGAAGUCUUGACCUGGCGCUAGUUCCUAGACAGGAGAUUACCACGAAGAAGUUCGCGCUUCGCGGGUGUAAAAUCUUGGAGGAUAUUCUACGCUACGAGAGCGGAGGCGCAUCGCAGUCGCAGCGGGAUGCAAGAACGAGUUUGGAGCCUGCCGAGAAAAAACGUCGCCUAAGCAAAGAUCAGGAGGGAAGUCGCAGCUUUCUGGUAUCCCAGUUCCCCGCAUGUACUCAGGCGUCAGACGGCUCGGACCAUCGUGGAAGCCCUGCGCCUACAGCUGCUAGCCCUUCGGCCGUGUUGCCGGACCUGGCCAUUGACCGCCGGCGUGAUCGGGGCGCGCUGCUCUUCCCUCAGGACGAGCUCGGCUACGGGCAGCCAGUGAAUUCGCCGCUGUCAGUCUUGUCGCUGGAUCCUCCAUGGGCGGCCGGGUCAUCUAGUAUCUCGCUCUACUUCUCGCGGGUGGAACACGAGCGCCACGACCUACGUUACUCCGAAUCAAGAGGGCAGGAGGCGGGAUACCUGUUCCCGCGGCAGCUCCUUGCUCCGUAUCUGCGGCAGGCGAAGUUGGAAGCGCAUGGCAGCACCGAACAACCCACCGGAGACGGCAACUUUUUUGGUGGCAGUGCGACUGCGUGCGUGCUCCUUGUCCGCAGCGUCGACGGUGAUGCAGUAAUGUUGACACGGCGCAGCGAGCUGCUCGAGUGGCUCAGCGCGGUGUUGCGCAGUCCUCUUGCGCCGGAUGUGAAAGCUUGGAUACUGGAGACGACUUCGCGACCUGACGCGCCUCGACCGAAUCCGCAGAAAUCUGACCCAGCACACAUCACUCAAGCUUUGAUUAUGGCGUGUUUGAUGAAGCGUUGCCCGACUGGGAUCAGCACCAGUGGGGGCAAGGAGUUGCGACAGUCCUUCGAGGACGCGAUGCGGUUUGAGAAUGAUAAGGUCCUAGAUUUUGUGCGGCGCAAGUCUCAGCAGUUCGGAGUGUACGUUUGUUGCCCUGGCACGCUCAGGGAAAUGCGUGUCUUGGGUAUUCGCAACAUCGCAGUUUUAGAUUAUGCAGAGGGGGCGGGCUCUUUUCAUGGUGACGGACCCGGGCAGCGCGGAGCGGCCACACGAAGUCGUGACCGAGACAAUGCUCGCUACCUGGAAAUCGUAUCCAAGUUCUCUGAUUUCUGUAUGUUCGUCUAUGUCCGCAAUUUGACUAGGGUCAGUGAUGUGCUGCUAAAGUGGGUCGCGGAGCACACAAAGAACAACCCGUGGCGAUUCGUGUACUUCGAAAGCGCUGACGUGAGCCACAAUGUCAGUGAGAACCGGGACCGGUGCGAGAUGACCUUCGCGCCCUCGAAUGCUACCCGGGAUGUUGAGAGCGUGGACGACUUGGACAAGGCCGAGGUCGUAACGAUGCGCCCGAGUCACGCCAUCCAUUACGCUGGUGACGAUCCCCGAGCAGAGCAAUUUGCACAGCGUGGCCCCGAGCAGCUGAUAAGCUACUUCGAGGACGAGUUCCCCGAUCGUGACAAGGUUGACCUUACGAAUCGCAGCGACCUUCUUGGUGACUUUGGAGACAUCAUGCGAGACGCGCUGCUGAGCCCUGACCCAGCGAAGCGAGUGCCCGUUGUUAUGCUUGUUUCACCACCAGGGACCGGCAAGACGCAUUUCAUGCUUGACCUUCGGUCGGAGCUUGAGGCUGUUCCCGGAUCGCGAGUAACGCUUUUCGAUGCUAGUUCACCAGAGCUCGUGAAGCACAGCUUGGCCAGUUUGCUGCAGAAAGCGACACAAAUCGCCUCAGGGACGGGAGCCGCGAGUGCCUUGGCCAGAAACUGCAGCCGGCAAGGACUUGUUACUCCACAAGCUGGUGGCGGCGGAGCAGCUUUCUUCAAACAUCAAACGGCCAGAAGCAUCCUGAUCGUCGAUGAGUAUCACUUUCUGAGCGAGGAGCAAAAGGAGAGCUUGUUCGAUUGGCUUCAAGCGGAAGCGCUGGGCGCAUUGACGACGGUUCUGAUCGCGAAUCGAAUAGACUCGCGGGACCGAAAUCGCAUGCGUGAACUCGAGGAGUCUCGGCAUCUGUUACUCGAUACGCAUCUGACUGAGCAGAAGGUGGAAGAGGUGAUGGAUAGCCGUCACAUCGAAGACGCCAGACUUCGCGAGGCUAUACUGUUAUGGUUCAGAACCAGUCGACUCCUCUUCGGAGAUGAGUCAGUCUCGCUGCGGUUGGUGACAGAUUUUGAAGCGCUGCUUCGAAACCCACCGAGCGCGGAAGCCCUUCAGGAGCGUUGUGAAUCUCUGCUCACGCAGAAGGUGCCAACAAUUAGUAGCAGGAGCGUGUCGUCCUUUGUGCGCAUGUUCUUGGGUCGAACUGGGCAUCUCACGCAAGAACAGCCUCGCACGGCCACUGAGCUCUUGUUUGAGAUCGCGCGCGCUGUCCCGGUGCCAACCGGUGGCGAGAAGGAUCUACGAACGAUCCCUGAGUUUCUAGACUCGAGCGUCUGUCUUUACAAUUCUCCACCUGCAACCCGCCUGGCAGCAUGGGCAGCCUACGCGCUUCGAUUUGUGUCGGAAGCUGGUCGUCGUAGCGUCGGCAAUUUGUCAGCGCUCUUUGCGGGAGUGGCGUUUGUCGAUCAGGUCGGGUUUCCGUUUGAGCUAGCUGCUGUCGGCACCGGCCACGCAGAAGGAAAAGCUUUCUCAUGGGGUGGCGACGAGGCUGAUCUCGAGGAAGUGAUAGCAGCCUUGCAGCGUGGUCACUCUAUGGACUGGGCGGAACAUGGGCGCCGUGGCCUCUUGUCUAUCACCAAUCCGGAAUCUUACUGCCGCUUGCUGUCAGCGUCGCGCACUCAGUCGGAAGUCUUGAAAAACACAGACACAGACACACUCCUCACCUUACUGGCCGCGCCGCUGGUAUGCUAUGUCGAGGAGCUCGCUUCAAUCAUCCUUAAAUACACGGUUACCGCACCGAAGAACACCCCAGAAGUACUAGCUUGUAUAUAGUUGCGCCAUAGUAUGCAGUUGCUUUGAAACCACACGAAUUGCAAGUAUGUUUUAAACGUCCUCUCUCAGUAAAUAGUUUCUCGGCUGUAAUCAUUCUUUGAUCUUCCUAACAUGGAGGUAGGUUAGCAGCUGGUAUCAGCUUAGAUUUGAGUAUAUUUCUGUAAACUCAGUGCUACGCCAAAACGGGAUGAAUGAAGAAAUGACUUUAGUAUGGUACUACUCGCUUCAACUCGUUCAUUUCUUGUGACAUCUGUUCAGCUGCUAAUCCUGCUCCUUUCAGAGCUCAUUGUAACAUUUAGCUGCUGGUGUAGAUGGAUACACAUUCACAUACUAUGUAUGACCCUAAAGUUAGUUUUAGUUGAUGAUGUUGAUUCAUUUGGAACUUUCUUUUCGGUGGUCUAACUUAGUCUCUGAUGGCACUUUCCUGCUACCCAAUUCAGGUUUUUGCAACUGCAGCGUGGGCUUGGUUCAGACUAAAGAAGGACGUCAAAGCCAUCGACGUGCUGCAUCUGCUUGAUCCGAAAUUUCUGCGGCCCUCUGCGAAUACGGUUGCGGCGCCAAAUUCGUUCCUCUCACUCUUGUGGGCGCAGGGUAACGCCUUCCACUUGGGCCACGCUGUAAAAGCAGCAGAAAAGGACGCGGUGAUGCGAGAGCUGCUGCAAUUCUUGGCGGCCGACCCUUCGUUACCACCUGCGGACGCUGCGCGCCUGUUUUGUGGCCGGUAUGCGAUGUUUCUUCAUGCGCCGCAGCAUCCUGUGGACAAGCCGCCGCAGCAGAGUUCUGCGAUUGCGAACACCACACACACUGCAGAAGCAGCAUUUAUUGCAACACAGGGAGCAGCAGCAACUCUGACAGCUCAUUUUGAGACGCUUGGUCACGGUCACGAUAGUUGUAUUUUGAGUUUUUUAUUACGUUAGAAAUUUACAAUUAGAAAGAGUCGUGAUUGUGCGUCCCAUUUUUACCAAUAGUGACUUGUAACUACUUGUUUCUAUUGAUACUAAUAAAGUUGCAGCUUUACAUCGUCGUUCCUGUCACUAUCAUCGUUUAUGCUUUUUUUACAGGUAGUCGACCUCAAGCAGACCGGCGCGGACGUGCUGACCAAGGUGAAGAUGCUGGAUUAGUGCACGCGGAUCCGCAUCAGCGUUCCCAGGUGCUCAGCUGCUCGCCCCCGUCAGAGCUGGAGAAGAUUCAUCCCUUCACACCCGACACCUUUCGUACCAUCCUCCUCCACAGCAGCGAUUGCGAACCAGCAUGGUGUGAGGAGGCGCGUCACUUGUGGCACGUUGUGCAUGGCAAGGCCAUCCCGAGCCACGUCGACAGCCUCUGGGCAAAAGGAAAACAGCACCUCCUCCUGGCUUCUACUUGUACGGGGGAGAUCGAUACGCGCGUAGCCGCCGGACUGCUAAAACUCCAGGGAGCACUGCGGGACGACGUUGCUGACCAUCUUCUCAAAUAUCCAACGCGCAUCGGCGUUUCUGCUGAAGUAGUCCGUGAGCGACUCGGAAACACGUUGCGCCUUUGGGCUCAGCGUGGCAGCACUAGGGAGAUGGUCCGAGCUGUGUUUUCUGACGAUGGUGCGAAGUUAGAGGUCGCGCGCUGCUUCGAAGCAGCUGCUUCGCCUGCGGCUUUCGCCGAUGCAUCACUGGCGCCGCAACCGCCGCAGCCUCCAGCCGCAGUCUCGAAAGAUGCGCCUGCGGCACGAGGUACAAAUAUCACGCAACGAGCUUCGCAUGAGGGACCACCCCCAGCAGUAUUGGCAGCCGAGGCAGACACAACAGCAUUGCCACCACAGCCGGCAGGCCUAUCCGACGUAGCGGAAGAGGUGCCGGGCACCACAGAUGCUCAUGCUGCGGCCGCGGUUGCCGUCUUGGAUGCCGAUGUCAUCAUGUCGACAGCGCAGGAGCAAGUGCAGCCAGAUGCAGAAGACAAUGCUCAUGAAGGCGCCCCUGCGAUUCCUGUUGCAGAGGCAGGCGCCGGACCGCAUGAAGGGGCCGCUUGAUAGCGCGGGUGAUUUCGAUUUUCUGGUUCUACGUAAUUCAGUUUUCAAAUUCAAACCGACGAAUGUAAUUGUAAUGUUUGUUAGGUGAAGAUAUGCUUCCCCAUUUCCGAAGCUCACCAACUUAUUUCCAUCAAAAUCCGCUUCUAACUCGUUGUAUAUUUUUGAGCAAGCUCGUUUUACGUCAAAUCGAGACAGUGGAUUGCAAGGAUAUAACUCAACAUGAGCACUCAUUCUACCAACCUGGUAUUAUACAACAUAAGUAAGAAAGUAUUAUCCACUAUAUAUUGACAAUAAUCUUGUUCGACUUGUUUUCAUUUCAAAUUUUGGAUGACCGCGUCCGGAAUCUGUACUAGGUAUUUAUCGCAAUGAAAAAUGAUCUUGACGAAGAACUGAUCCCGCUCUUGAGCGUCCUCAUCAGCGCUGUGAUAUCGUGAUCUAUCAACUUUAUACUCAGCGUAAAUCGUUCUCCUACUCGUUUUUGAUGAGCUAGAGUUUUUCAAAGCGCCUCCAGAUAGAUAAAAGUUAAUGUCCUGCUCGCGCUCUGCCCUUUUCCUUGAUCAUCAUUUUAGAAAUGACUUUGUUCGGCUUUGCAGCAGCUCC